AUGGCACCAAAGAGGCUUGUUAGGAGACAAUCCUUAAUAUCCAAGGUGAAAUCUUUUCCGUUUGAUACUUAUCUAUAUUUGAACGAAAUACGGUUGUCAAUUGAUUGGGAUGAUCAUGCGCCAACAAUUGCAUUGCCUUUUGGUAUAUUCACAUCCAUUUUAUCACUCAUAAUUCAAACCAUUCUUUGCUAUUAUGCAUCUAUUAGUAGCAGAUCAAAGAAUGUUCUUUUUAAUUCUGAUUAUUACCAGUACGAAAACAUCAAAAAAUUGCUUCUAUCAGGAGCAACAGAAUCACCAGAAGCAACAAGAGCAGAGGAGAUAUCAAUUGAUAUACAAAAAAACACUUUUGCCAAUAAUAAAACCAAUGCACUUAUCUGGGCAUUAAACAUAUUACAAUACUUAAUUAUUGGAAUAUCGAUUGUGAAUGCUAUAUAUAUUCUAAGAAGCAAAAAAAAAUAUCAAUUGCUUUAUCAUAGAGACAAGCCACACUACAAGUCAGCCACUCAUCCAGCUAGCAAUGAAUCUUUUAUCUAUAUGGUCAUUUACUUUAUACUGAGUAUAUUUUCAAGCAACAAGGAAGGAGAAGAGGACGACGAGGAUACCGGCCUAAACAGCGAGAAUGACUGUACAUCCCAACUAAAUGACAAAGAGUACUGGGAACUUCAUGUUUGGAAUCCGUCCAAGUUUUGUUUAUACAUCUACGUUGGUUUGAAUCCAAUAAACGCUUUUUUGGUGUACACUUUAACAUCAAAGGGUUCCACAUUAAAUGCUAUUACAUCAUUGGCGCUUAUUUCAGUUUUUAACUACUUAUUUAUCAGCAAGUUCCUAAACCUCGUACAGGAUAAACAGAUUGUCUACCAAGAGAUGUUCCUGGAAUAUAACAACAAGUUUGUGAAACCCAAGGUAAACAUUUUGAAAAAAGAUGCUUCGAUUGAUGCUACUAUGGGACCAAUGCGUUCUAAUGUACAGGUUAACAAAAAGCCGUUUUCCUUUGUCAAACUGCGUGUAUUUACAACUCAUGACCCGAAAGGGAAGGUUGUUACUGAAUAUACAAAUAUGAACCAAGAAGAACCAGAUGGUCAAUAUAGGGCAAGUUCCUCUCCUUAUACGGUUAAGAAGUCCGUAUCACGUCCAUCAGUUUAUUUACCGAAUUCCCGACCAACUUAUGUGCCUUCAAGCCGUUCCCAGAGCCGGCGACUGAGCGUGUAUAGUCAACAAUAUUCAAUGGCUUUGCCGUUAUCGUUCCCUCACGAUCUUCAAUAUAAUUCUUCUACCCCCUACAGAUCACUAAACAAUUACCGAAAUACUUAUAAUGAUUACCAACCUGUCCCAGGAUAUGGUUAUGACCAGCAGUAUGACCAGCAGUAUGACCAACAAUAUGACUUGCAUAAUUCACUACCACAUCCCCACCUUGAAAUGCCAGCAGAUGCUGAGCUACAUAGUCGAUCACCAAGCCCUACUCAUUCCAAUAGAUCCCGAUUCUAUGCACGCCAAAGUCCACAAAGAUUUACACCUGUACGACCAGACUUGAGCCAUGGUGGUCGACGAAGCAGCAUAGAUCAAUAUGACCAUGCUAACACUGUCGUUCAUCAUAACCUCAACCAUACAACGUCUCAACAAAGGUCGCCGUCACCACAUAAGAAUACAAUCUUUUACAGAAGUCCAUCUCCUAGUAAACCGUCUAACAAUAUGAAUGAUGGACACAAUAGUUACCCCGAGUGGAGAUGA